AUGGACGCGCGGAGCCCGCUGUCUCCCCGGGCCAGCGCGUUCAGCAUCGCCUCUCUCGUUGCAGCCGAGGCCUCGGAGGGCGCCGCCCACCGGGCCCCCGGCCCCAGCGAUCGGGCGAAACUUCGCCUGCAACCAGGAUCCCCGGCCGGGAUGCACUUCAGCACAGUCACCAGGGACAUGGAAGCCUUCACGGCCAGCAGCCUGAGCAGCCUGGGGGCCGCGGGGGGCUUCCCGGGCGCCGCGUCGCCGGGCACCGACCCGUUCGGCCCGCGCGAGCCCCAGCCGCCACGCUACGAUCCGUGCGCCGCCGCCGCCACCACCCCCGGCGCUCCGGGCCCGCCGCCGCACGCCUAUCCGUUCGCGCCGGCCGCGGGGGCCGCCACCAGCUCCGCCGCCGAGCCCGAGGGCCCCGGGGUCAGCUGUGCGGCCGCCGCCAAGGCGCCGGUGAAGAAGAACGCGAAGGUGGCCAGCGUGAGCGUGCAGCUGGAGAUGAAGGCGCUGUGGGACGAGUUCAAUCAGCUGGGCACCGAGAUGAUCGUCACCAAGGCCGGCAGGCGAAUGUUCCCCACGUUCCAAGUGAAGCUGUUCGGCAUGGACCCCAUGGCUGACUACAUGCUGCUCAUGGACUUCGUGCCGGUGGAUGACAAGCGCUACCGGUAUGCCUUUCACAGCUCCUCUUGGCUGGUGGCAGGCAAGGCAGACCCUGCCACUCCUGGCCGCGUGCACUACCAUCCUGACUCGCCAGCCAAGGGUGCACAGUGGAUGAAGCAAAUCGUGUCCUUCGACAAACUCAAGCUGACCAACAACCUGUUGGACGACAAUGGCCAUAUUAUUCUCAACUCCAUGCACAGAUACCAGCCCCGCUUCCAUGUCGUCUAUGUGGACCCUCGAAAAGAUAGCGAGAAAUAUGCAGAAGAGAACUUCAAAACGUUUGUAUUCGAGGAGACACGAUUCACCGCUGUCACUGCCUACCAGAACCACCGGAUCACGCAGCUCAAAAUUGCCAGCAACCCCUUCGCCAAAGGCUUCAGGGACUGCGAUCCUGAGGACUGGCCCCGGAACCACCGGCCCGGCGCGCUGCCGCUAAUGAGUGCCUUUGCGCGCUCGCGGAACCCCGUGGCCUCUCCCACGCAGCCCAACGGCGGGGAGAAAGACGCGGCGGAAGCCCGGCGAGAAUUCGAACGCGAGGCGGGAGGGCCGGCCAUGCUGAGCGACCCCGCGCAUCCGCCGCAGCUGCUAGCGCGAGUGCUGAGCCCCGCGCUGCCUGGGGCAGGCGGCGCCGGUGGGCUCGUUCCGCUGCCCAGCGCAUCCGGAGGCCGGCCCAGUCCCCCGCACCCCGAGCUGCGCCUGGAGGCGCCCGGAGCCUCGGAGCCCCUGCAUCAUCACCCCUACAAGUACCCGGCCGCCGCCGCCUACGACCACUACCUCGGGGCCAAGAGCCGGCCGGCGCCCUACCCGUUGCCCGGCCUGCGGGGCCACGGCUACCACCCCCACGCGCACGCGCACCCGCACCAUCACCACCCCGCCGUGAGCCCGGCUGCGGCCGCCGCCGCCGCCGCUGCCGCCGCCGCCGCCGCCGCCAACAUGUACUCGUCGGCCGGGGCCGCGCCGCCCGGCUCCUACGACUACUGCCCCAGAUAA